ACAAAUAUACAAGUUUCUCAGACAACUCCACAUUGUUUCCACACCGUCCUGUUGGUAGGUUGCAUUGGGUUGCCUGCCAAUAGGCUCAGGUCAGCCUUACGGGGACCCUCCAGUAUGUAAAACAGGGUCACCCGGCUCGGCCCCGGGACUCCCGCGCGGAGCCUCUGCAGAUCCCUCCCGGGCACAGCCCGAGGGCGGAGGGGCCAGCGCCCUCCCCCAGCCUCUUCGCUUCGGGCCCAGCCGGCGGCUCUUCUACCCAAAGAAGGGGCGGGCCGGCGGAUCCGUUCCGAGGCGCCUCUCGCCCGCCGCCUCCCAGGCCGAGCGCGGGGCGAAGCCGGAGCCAGCCAGCCGAAGGCUUUCCGGCCUUUCUCCGCGAGUGGCGCGUGAGCCCCGGGCCGAGCAGGGCACCGCCGCUCCCGGGACGCGGAGGCCGGGCGGGGCCCUGCGCCGAGGCCCGCAACUGCUGCCGCGCUGCCAGAGCGAGGGGCUCCUCGUUCCGCCCUGGGCGACCUGUCCUUGGGGCUCCGCGGGGAGGUGGUCCCUGCCGGAGAGAGGGGGCUCGGGAGCCCGGAAAUGCCCGCAGCCCCGCCUGCCCUCCCGCGGAAGGCUCCGGCUGGCAGGGGGGGCAGGGCCGGAGCGCACGCCUGCCCCCUCCCCGCCUUAUGCGGGUCUCUGCCUGCCAGCCCCGCCGGCCCGCCUCGCGCCCGGAGAGCGAAGAGGGGGUGUGUGAGCCGCCCUGGAAACUACAUCCCCCAGCAGCCUCCGGGCCUCUUCCCGACUGUCAGCUCCGGGCUGCAGCCAGGGAAUUUAAAACAAAAGAAGCUCUCCGGCGUCCCCCGCCCCUCCCGCGGCCGGAGCCUUUCGGGUCGGCGGUCCUUGCCGGCUGGCUGGGUGGUUGACUGGCCAAGGCGGGCGGACUCGGGCGCUCCUCGGUUCUGCCCGGUCUCCCCGCCCCUCCGCGCUUCUGCUGCGCGCUCUCGCUCUCCUCUUUCCAGGUCUCCAUCUCCACACCCCCUUCGCUGCCAGGCGGGGUCUGGGAGAGCAGCGAGAGCAGAAAGCAGGAAAGGAAAGAAGGAAGAAAAGAAAGAAAAGGAAGGAAGGAGACGAGAGAGAGAGAGAGAGAGAGAAAGAAAGAAAGAAAGAAAGAAAGAAAGAAAGAAAGAAAGAAAGAAAGAAAGAAAGAAAGAAAGAAAGAAAGAAAGAAAGAAAGAGCGGGCGGACGCGCGGAAGAGCUUUGUGCGGCUGGAUCCACGUUGGGCAGGAAGAUCAGGUUUCAGCGCAGGCAGCACCGGGCGAGGAGAACAGCCGAGCCGAGCCGCCAGAGGCAAAAGGAGCGGGGAGCUGGGGCUCGGCCAGCAGGGAAAGAAGGGAGGUGGGCGGGGGUCUCCGGCUCUUCCCACCCGGCCGCCUCGCUCCCCCUCUUUGUGCCUGCCCCUUCUUCCUCGCAGGCUCUUUGUUCCCCUCCUCCUCCUCCUCCCCCUUUGUUAG